AGACAACGCGGGCAACAUAUCUGUUACUGACCAAACGGCUGCAGCCUCCUCUGGUGUGGCCAGAGCUGAGAGAUUAUGUUAAGCAAACUGUCCGGAGCAGGAGCAAGGGGGUUAAAGUGAGGGACGGAGUAGAAGAAUGAAGGGGUGAACGAGGAGGAGAGUGGCUGAGGUGACCAACUGCUGAAACGUGCACAAGCUAAAGGUGAUGGAUUCGCAGUGAAGGAGAUGGAUUUAGGGACGCGUUGCAGCGAGYGGGAGCCUUCAGUUUCACCAGUGAUGAAUUUUGUGGCACAAAUUGGUUUAAUAGGUACAGAGGAGACAAGAGGAUGAAUAAUCCUAUGMAUGCAAAUGAAACUAAUGUGUGCAAAUGGAACUCUUUGAUGUUCAGGACUCGCUGAUGUUUUAGUCUGUAUUUCUGCGUCCACAGCCAAGCACUUAUCGAGCUUUUUUUUCUCAGUCAACAUCAUCAUGCCUGCCAACAUCCUCUACAAUCUGUGACUGAUUGCUGGGCCUUUACAAGCAUGGAUUUUCAAUUCCAAAGAAACAGUUUCAGUCCCUCUCAUUCACAGCUGCCAGUGCAAACCUCCAACCUUUCAGCCACCGAGCACUCGACAGCUUCUUUUCAGUGUCAAGCCAAACAGGAGGUUUUGAGCGUAUCGUCUCUUGUCCCACCUACAGUCCUCACGCUCGUGCCCAGUUAUGAACCCACAGCUCCUGUAAACCAUUACUCAAGUUUUUCACCUUCUUCUGCUACAACAAGAGAACCUCAGCCUGCUGCAGCUUCAUCCUCUGGAGAUAGAUCUCCAGAGGCUCAGGCUCUAAACUCUCUGACUCCACCACCUCCUCCUGCAGACGUUCAGCAGCCAGAUGGACACAUACUGGAUCAGGGCUCCGUAGAUCUGAUAUUACCAAAGGAUUUAUCAGAGGAACAAACAGAAACAGAAAUCCAUGGCUGUACACGUCCUCAGCUGCUAGCAAUGGUGGGAACCCCAGUCUUUAUUACACUGGUUAUUUCUGCUGUUUUGGUCAAGUUCCUGGCAUUCCCAUCUAAGUUAGAUGAAUCAUCUUCUCUCUGUGGUGCGGAGGGGAGUUGCGGUGUCCCGAGUCAACUACCUUAUCUGUCGAAGAAUCAAGUGAACCAGACCAUAAACAUCACYGCAGACUGCCACAUUACAGUGAAUGACGGGCGGCGUAUCGUCGGAGGCACCGUGGCUGCAGAGGGCGUCUGGGGUUGGCAGGUCAGCCUGCAGUGGAGGGAGAGUCACAUGUGUGGGGGGUCCAUCAUCUCGUCUCACUGGAUCAUCACWGCAGCUCACUGCUUCGCUGAGAGCAGCAUGUCUGAGGAGGCUGACUGGCUGGUGGUGGUGGGCAAAGUCAACAUUGCACACAGCUCCCCGGGGAAACGCUACAGAGCCCUGCAGGUUCUCUACCACCCUCUCUUCAGCACCAACACCAACGACUACGAUGUGGGCCUGCUGCGCACCACCGCUGACAUCGACUUGACUGGUGGGGUCCGCCCGGUGUGUUUACCCAAAACAAACGAGUCCUUUCCUCCGGGAGCAUCCUGUUGGAUCACGGGAUGGGGGGCUACACAGCAAGCAGCUGCUGUGACAGACCAGCUUCAUCAGGCCCAGGUGACGGUCAUAGCUCGGUCCACCUGCUCCAGCCUGAGCGUCUACGGGGACUCCAUCACUCCUCGGAUGAUUUGUGCUGGCGUCAUGGCCGGGGGGGUCGACUCCUGCCAGGGGGACAGCGGUGGACCCCUGGUGUGUGAGACAUCCAACGGGGACUGGAGGCUGGCAGGGGUAGUGAGCUGGGGGGAGGGCUGUGCACAGCCCAGUAAACCAGGCGUCUACAGCAGAGUGACUGAACUGCUCUCAUGGGUUGAACAAUACACAAAG